AUGGCCAACCAGAACCAAGUGAUCGGAUUGGUGGCAUCAGAGUGCAACAACUUUGUUGAUCACUUCUUCGCUUCGAAUUGCCCUGCUUUUGCAGAGCUUGGAAGCCCGGAUGUCGCCAAGAUCGAGCAGAAGGCAGAGUGGUUCAGUCUAUUCCAACGCUUUGAAGCUGAGGCUGAGCUGACGAUGCAGAAUGCCUUGAUGCUGUGGGGCUUGGUUCAAGCAAAGACCUUUGAGGAGCAAUUUCUGGAUGAGGCGAUGCGUUCUCAAGCAUUGGACGAUUUCCUCUCUCUCACUGAGUACCCAGCCUUUGUGAGCCGAAUGCAUCGUGAACUGCAGCACAGGCAUGAGGACACCAAUCUUGGGGAGUCUGAGUGGUUACGAGGAGUUUCUACUUCCUCGCGGCCUGAAACACACUGGAAUGAUGCGCCCACUAGCCAGCGACUAGCAGAACUAGACCAGCGUUUGGCUGCAGUGGAAGCAGAGCGCAACGCUUUGCUGAUGGAGCGACGUGCUUUGGUGGGCCGUCAUGUCCAGGCAGACACAAGCCAGACGUUGAAGCAGCAGAUUCAGUUGCAGCGGUACAGAGAAGAAGUCGGCUUGGACUAG